UACAUUUUUUUCCCGCUACUGUUCGUAAGCAGUAGUGUCGAAAAUUGUAUUUAGGAGUUAUCAAUUAAUGUAAUAUCAAUUUUCUUUUUGAACAAAAUGGUCAGCCCUGACAAUAGUUUUUCACCAACCAAUCUUUUCCAUUAUGCAGAAAUGCUACUUAAAGAAUCUAAGCUUCGAGAAGCGAGUAUACAGCAUAACGCCAACAACUACAGCUGGUUGUCAUCCAGAACUGGUCAGCAUGAGGACUGGAAGACUAAUAAAGAACUCGAUGGGCUUAAGCCGAUGAUACAUAAGCUAUCAUCGGAAGAUUGCGCCAAAAUCGCUGUCAAACUCGACAGCAUGACAGAAGAAGUCGAAUUAUCCUCAACAGCCAUACUGAGUAUAUUUAGAAAACUUCUAGAAGAACAGACCAACACACAGCUAAUGGACAAGAACGUAAUAAAAGCUAAGGAAAGAGGAAUCAAGAAGAAUCGUGUCAAUAAAGUUCAUCCGGUUUUAAUACCUGAUGGGAGGCAGCCUACAGUCUCAUUCAUAUUGUACACAUAGAAGAACAAACUGUUUUUUUAAAUAA